GUGAUUGGAGUAGCAUUCAUUGUUUCGUAGGUAAGUACAAAUUCAGUCUUCCUCCAUCUGUCUUUCAAAACUUACUUUUCUUGCGCAAAAAUCUCAACAACAUCACAAUUCUCUCUGUUCCAAUCCAAUUUUCUUCCUCUUUCUUUUUUUCACAAGAUUUUGAUUUUGAUCUUCCAUGGCUUCUCGCCGCCGCAUGUUGUUAAAAGUCAUAAUCCUUGGAGAUAGCGGGGUUGGUAAAACAUCAUUGAUGAAUCAGUAUGUGAAUCGGAAGUUUAGUAAUCAGUAUAAGGCUACCAUUGGUGCUGAUUUUCUCACCAAAGAAGUUCAAUUUGAAGAUAGGUUGUUCACAUUGCAGAUAUGGGAUACUGCUGGUCAAGAGCGGUUUCAGAGUCUUGGUGUAGCUUUCUACCGCGGUGCUGAUUGCUGCGUCCUAGUUUAUGAUGUUAAUGUCCUGAAAUCUUUUGAAAACCUUAACCAUUGGAGAGAAGAGUUUCUCAUUCAGGCUAGUCCAUCUGACCCCGAAAACUUCCCGUUUGUUGUGUUGGGAAACAAAAUAGAUGUUGAUGGUGGGAACAGUAGAGUUAUUUCUGAGAAGAAAGCAAAGGCAUGGUGUGCUUCAAAGGGAAACAUACCAUACUUUGAGACCUCUGCAAAAGAAGGAUUUAAUGUUGAAGCUGCUUUCCAGUGUAUAGCUAAAAACGCACUCAAGAAUGAACCUGAAGAAGAAAUGUAUCUGCCCGACACAAUCGAUGUGGGCAAUGGUGGACGACAGCAAAGAUCUACCGGUUGUGAAUGUUGAGUAGGGAGUUCUGUGAUUGUUUGAUGCCAACAUAGAAGUGUCCCUCAAUGAUUAGCCAGCAGCUAUUUUUAUUAGCAAUGGUAAAAGCAAGGACAAAUUGCAAAUUCUGUUUUGUAUCUCAGUAGUGUGGGUUAGAUGUUCAUUUUUAUUUGUCUUGAUCUCUAAUGUUUGUCAAAAUAUAUACUGAAUGAGGAAAUGUAUACUGGUGAAUUUAUUGCGUGCGUUUGGGAGUUAUUUAUUGCAAUUGAUGUUCAUAA